CGGCGUGUGGGGCCGUGGGCGAGCUCAGGUGGCUGAAAAUGACAGAGCGUCCGCACGGCAGUUCCCGCGGUUGCUAGCACGAUGCAAAGCAAAGCAAGGAACUGCUGAAGUUUCCCUGUAAUGUCACUGAGACGAUUAACUCUCUGGGAAUUUCAUCACGGUGAGAAGAAUGGGUUCGGUUUCAGAGAUGCUCACAGCAGUCCCCCUUCACAAGAGGCCUGAUCUCCUGGAGGCCUGCGCUGACCUCAUCAACGAAGAGUGGAAACGGAGCCGGACUUCCCGUAUCCACUCCCUGCAAAAAUCUAGUGACAACUUUCCCAUGUGCCUGGUACUGAUCAAAACUCUGAGGCUAACGGAGGAAACUGCAGAAGGGAAGGCGUCCAAUACCCAGUGCCAACUUCUGGGACAUGCCAGGUUAUCCCGUGUGAUUGGCCAAUGUAACAGUUUAUUUGUGGAGACCGUGGUGGUGGCCAAGGCCCUCCGUGGAAAGGGCUAUGGCAGGAAGCUGAUGGAAGCUGUUGAGAACUUUGCCAAAGCCCAUGGCUACCAGCAUCUGUAUCUCACCACACAUGACAAACAACAUUUUUAUGCCCACCUGGGCUAUAGCUUGACCAAGCCUGUUUCGUGGGCUGGAUUCAUCAGUUCUCUGGUACCUAUGAACUUUUUGGAGAACUUCUCUACCCCUCAAGCUAAGAUGGAGCUUCCUGCCCCACCUGGGAAGCAUAAUACAAAUGCAUCUUACCAAAGUAGAUGUGGAGCAAACCUCCCUCCUUCACCAUGUGCUGCACCUCUUUCUUCUUCUCCUUUUUGCUCAGUAGCCCCCCCUUCAUUGCCUUCUCCUUGUUCUUAUCAUUCAGGGACAGCUACCGUUUCUCCCUGUCCUCCAUUGCCAGGUCCCCACCCAUCCUCUGUGCAGUCCAAUAAUGGUCUGGUUCACUCUUUACCAUCAGCCUCCCCAUUUGCUUCUGCUGCCCCAACUCUUCUACCCUCUCCUCCUCCUCCUCCUCCCCUUCCACUUCCAGUGCCUCCACCAAGAGCCUUUUUACUAGCCCAGCCAAACUCCAGUAAACCUGCCUCUUCCAGGGUUUUGGAGAAUACAUUUGAAGAACAGACGCUUUUACAAACACCUUACCUGGAUCUGAAAGGGCAGCCCAUAUUUUGGAUGAAGAAGGAUAUCUGAUUUUUCCAUCGUGUGACUGUGCAAUAAAGAUGAAAUAAAGGAAUGAGGAAAAAGAAAAGCCUUUCUUGUUUUAAAAGGGAAGUCUGGCUUUGUGAGACAAAAGAUCGCCAUUUAAAAUGAAUAA